AUGAGUCUCGAAACACUUUUGGAAGCAGCACGUUACGUUGAACAGCAAGAGAAGAAGAGGGAACGUGCUGCAAGUACAUCCUCUUCUUCGGAUCACUCUUUUGCCGUAGCACCUUACUCUAAUCAUCACAAUUCUAAUGAACCACGUGGUGCUAAACUCAAGAGAGAAAGAUCGGAGCCAGAUGACCUGUUUUGCGAGGAGAAAAUGCUUAUAAUUGAUGAAUUUAAAAAAAAAAUGGGAAUGCUGCUGAUGACGCAAGAUGGUGCACCACUGAUGAACUUUGCCGUGACAAAGCCGACCCAUAUUGGGUUGAAUAGUUGUACCAGCGGGGAAGCAAGAGUACCCGUUGAAGGUGCUGAUAUUAAUAUUGAUAACGAGACGGUCGGUAUGUGUAAGAGGUUUCCGGUCGUCGGGAUUAUCAGUGCAGAUAAUAAUUAUUUAAGAAUAAAUAAAAAUAAUAAUAUUGAAAAUGGCUGUGAGGAUGAUGAAGAGCUAGACUGCCGGAUGCCACCACCUCCGAAAAAAAAAUGGAUGCGACACUACCUGCUGGAAGAAGAUCCUCUGGACAUUGCCAGGUCUAAUGGGAACCACGCGACAGGUCUGAGGACCAGCCCGGUGAUUGCCAGCACUCGUUCUCUCGCAAGCCAAAAUUCCAUAACCCACAUUACUAGCCAUCCCCAGCACCAGCAGCACCCUCACCAUCAUCACAACUAUCAGCAGCCUCAAACUCAGAUCCAGCAUCACAAUAAUCACAACAGUGCUUCGCACAAUCAUUAUGUCGAUAAUUAUAAUUCUAAUCACACUGCUGGCAAUGGCGGCGCGUCUUUGUCUACCGAUGAGUCUGCUCAAGACAAUAAGAAGCAUCGAAAUGGACCGUGUGUAAUUAGAUCUGGAACAAGAGAAGUUCAUAAUAAAUUAGAGAAAAAUAGGCGAGCACAUCUUAAAGAAUGUUUCGAGUUAUUGAAGAAACAAUUACCAGCUCAAGAUGAAAAAAAAUCUUCUAAUUUAUCGAUUCUUCAUGCAGCCAACAGACACAUACAAGUCCUAGUGAGAAAGGAGAGAGACAACGAGCACGAGAUGGAGAAAUUGGCACGUGAAAAAAUAGCGUCUCAACAGAGGAUAGUUGCGUUGAAAAAAGAGCUGGCUGGUAGGUGGCCACAUCUUGAUUUUAGCCAGAUAUUAAAGGAACCAAAUCUUGCUGUUGAUACUUCUGGAUCUAAAAAUCCUGAAGCAAUGGAUGUUGAUGUAUCAGCGGGCUUAGCGCGUGGUGGUACCCGUUACAGCAGCACAAGUAGUCUGAGCAGCGCAGCAACAGCAAACUCACCCCAAAAUCAUCACCAGUCUACAAGUACCGUGACACAAUCAACAUCAAUGCAAAAUCAAACAGCAACGGCGGCUGUUGUUUGUCAAACACAAGGUUUGAAUCUUGCUCAAAGCUCUAGAGAAAGUCCUCCAACUAGUUCUAGUCCUGGAGCAUCAACACCUAGCAUUCCUACUCCUGCUCAGGAGAAAGUAGCGUCUCCAACAGUGGUACAGCAGCAACCGCAUCAACUCCAUUUACCGAUAAGUGCCCAGAUGUUAAACACGAGCCAGGGCUUGGCGACAAUAGUCCCUACGCUGCAACACCUCGGUCCGGGGCUGAGAGUCAUACCUGGAGACACACGGCAACUGCUGGUGACACACACCACUGGCAGCAAUGAGACGCGACCGCUGACAUUGGCUGUGCAAAACUCAACGGACCAGUCUCCGCGGCCACUUAUCGCAGUUCAAUCGCAAGCUGGCUCAGAUCCAAGACCAGUAGCCCUGGUGGUGCACUCGACGGCGGCGAAUGACAACCGCGUUACCUUUGUUCAUUCGAAUCUGUCUAAUCAAGAGCGACCGUUGGCUCUGGCUGUUCAGUCUGGUGCCAGCGAUGUUCGUCCUGUUACUUUUGUACACUCCGCAGCACAAACAAGAAUAAGAUCUGGAGAAACACAAACGACACACAAAAUCGGAGGAGUAACAUUAGUGGGUGGAAAUGGAUCCGAGUUAACGCGACUGCCCGGUGGAGCAGAAUUGAACAUUUUACCUGCAAAUGGUGUGUUUCGUUCCGUAAAAACGCAAUCACUUGCUGUUCAAGGAGGACUAACACUGAGCCACGCUGGAGUAUCACUGCAAACUUCAUCAGGAAAGCAAGGGGUGAUGCAAAACGUGCCUACCAGCGAAGGGAUCGCCCACAUAGUGGGCCAACACACAUCACUGUCUGGCCUAACACCCAUCGUAACACCAAUGACGGUGGUGUCUCAGGGCAACAACCAAGUAACUGCCCACAUUCUCGCCCCGUCUAACCUCACCGGGAAGAUGAUCACCACGCCGAUUCUCAAGUCUGUUGGGCAAGUGCCGCUAGUUAAUGCCCAGUAUCUAAACACAACGACAAUCGUUAAACCCGUUGUUGUCGUCAGUACGUCAGCCAACGCAACAUCACCCACAAUAACUUCCACAACACAGCCUUCCGUAACGAGUAAUUCUACUGUCUGA